AUGUGGCAGUUUACUGCAAACAAUGAUAAAUCCAAAGAGCUUUCUCUUAAAGGCCAUUAUACUGCUCUCCCUCUCUCUCCACAACCAAACGGAAAAGCAAAACUUUGCUGGAGAAGAAGCUGCGACAAUACUUCUCCUUUGCCUGGCCUUCUAGUUCCUCCAACUUCAGAUAGAAAAGCGGCAACCAUUAAUACCUCAUCAUUCAUAGCCAGCCAUAUUGUAUCAAGCACUACUCUACCUGUUCUUCUUCUUCCCGCUAGUUCUUCAGCUGCUUCAAGCGAAGACAUCACCAUAAUUCUAUCUGAUGUUGACGAAUUGAGGAAGAAGAGGAAAAAGGUUAAGAAAACAAACCAAGAAGGAGAAACAGGAGGAGUCAUGUUGUUGAGAAGUAGACAGAGAAGUCGAUCGAUGGAAAGAUUAUUGGAUUGUUCCCCUUCUUCAUCGGUGACUCCAUCAGUUGGUAAUGUAUUCAGAAAAGAAGUCGGUGGUGAUGAUACUAACGAUAGUGAAACUCCAUUCUUCCUCUCUGUGGUAGCAGCUGAUUCAGUCUAUCGCUCCAUUUUAUGGAGGAAGAAAGGGAACAAGAGGCUCUGUAUACAGCAUUCUGGGAAAAUUCCACCACCAAAGACAAUUUUAGAGAAAUUUUCUGUACCAAAAUCAGACAAGUUGACUGUUAAAGAUAUCUCCAGUGCAACUUUACAGAAAGAUUUCCUGACACUGGAAGAACAGGAAGGGUCAAUUAAUUUUAAAUUUGGUAUAAUUUACGCAAAAACCGGUCAGACAACCGAUAAUGAGAUGCUUAGCAACAAAGCUGGAAGCCCGUGUUUCAAUCAGUUUUUGGAUCUUUUAGGUGAUACGAUUGAUUUGUUUGGUUGGGCCCAUUACAAAGGAGGUCUGGAUACUCGUAACAACGCCACCGGUAGUCAAUCGGUAUACACAGUGUUCGGUGGUCACGAGGUCAUGUUCCAUGUGUCGACAAUGUUACCGUAUUCGGAGGAAAAUAAACAACAGCUGGAGCGAAAGAGACACAUUGGCAACGACAUAGUAACCAUUAUAUUCAUUGAGGAUGAGGGGGCUGACUCUGAUGGAGCUCAGGACCAAGAAUUAGACGACAGAGCUUACCUGUCGGCGCUCUCCUUUAGCCCCUCCUCCAUCACCUCUCAUUUCAACCACAUCUUCGCACUCGUCACUUACUGCAAGUCGAGGGAUUCUUAUCGACUGGUACUCCACUCUGCCGAGAGUAUUCCGAGUUUUGGGCCCCCUCUGCCCCCUGGGGGCGAAUUUGAAGACCACUCUGUUUUUAGGGAUUUUUUAUUAGCAAAACUCAUUAAUGGUGAGAAGGCUUCUUACUCUAUCUCGACGUUUGCCGAUAAAAGAGAAAGAACCUUAGGACUUUUAAUGAAGGACAUGGAGCAGAAAUGUGGCUCAGUGUUACGUAAAUCUUUGUCUCAGUUGAAUAUCACGUCGCCUAGCAACAGCAAAAAGUACGUGGAGCUGCAGCAGUCAUUCAGUGAAGUUGGAAACAGGAUAAAAAUUGAGAAGAUAGUGUCCGGUAAUCACCCAACUAGCCAAAUGAGCACUGCAGUGAAGAAAGAACCCUGGGAGACUACUCUUUUGUUGCAAAGUUUUCCUCAUAAAAUUACCUGCGGGGAUACAUGCGACGACGGCUCAUUAAUUGUCUCCACCCCCUCCGACGGCACAUACAUGGUAUUUACAGAUGGAACAACACUUCAGAUAAUUGAUAAAUCUCUCCCGAUAUCACAGCUGGUAAUAGCCCAUAGACACCGGCUAUUACUACUGAGAACCGGCUACCCAAAGGACAAUUAUUUUUAUGCCAUUUCCCUAGAAAUUUUUUUCAGCCCGUCAGUAAAAAUAAGAAGCAAGUCCUCACUUAGUUCAUACCAGCUGUCGUACACCAAAGGAUGUCACUUAUUCUGCACAACUCCACUCUACAGUCAGUUCCUUCGUGUCAUGGUUGCCGUCAAGAACAAGGUCUUUAUGUUAGCGUGGAAGUACCCAGCUGUUUCGUGUUUUCCGGCCACACCCACAACUCCUAGUCACCCACUCCAGGGGUUCAUUAAACACAGAGAGCUUAUAUUGAAUGAGGUUCCUCUGCUAAUGACAUUCAUUGAUGAGCAUCCUUCGGGCAGACUCUGUGUCAUGUAUCAGAAGCAAAUUGAAGCCAUAGAUGAGAUGACUACUGACUCACAAAGACUCUACAACUUUGAUUCUUCAAAGGUUAAAAUAUCUGAACUGAGAGCAGUCCAGCAUAAUACAAAGAAUGAGCUUCUCAUCGGCUAUAACAUGUCAUGCAGUGUGCUGGCGCUACAAGACGGUAUGGUCUUCAAUUCUCCAGAGACAGUUUGGAAUGCUGAACCUACUUCCAUAGUUCACACUGGUCCCUAUACACUAGCGUUUACAGCUGAUACUAUUGAAAUUAGAAAGUCAUCAAACGGUUCUUUAAUGCACACCAUCGACGUGCCUCAACUUAAACCUAUUUCACUCAAAGAUGACUUGAUAUUCUCGUCUCCAAGUCUCCUCAAUCAGUCUCUCCAAAGGAACGAUAGUUUCUCACGUUUGGAGGGAAAAGCCGCCAAAGUCCUUGGGAAAGCCACAUCUUCAGGAACCUCCUUACACAUAUACAAGAUCAGCUUAGAGAACCUUCUUGGGGGUGGAGCUGGAAAAGGGCGUGGCCGACGUAACAGUGACAAAGAUGAUGAGACUUCAUCUAGUGGCAGCCGCUGUAGCAUGUUAGAGGACGUUCCUUCAACGAUUUCCGAAGAGCCAGAAGGGCGUGGCAAUGGGUGUGGUCUUCAUCUAAAAGAUCUGAGUAACGGAGGAGGUGUUGACGUUAGCCUUGAAGAAACCAACUCAAAGUUUAAAAAUGCAAGAAUACUAAAAUCUCCGUCUUCCAAGCCGAGGCAGAUGUUUGUCUACCCCGAGAGUUACGGCGAUGGUAAGAAAUACGUGGGCCCCCUCAGCGAAGUUUUUGAGGACUCGUUUCGCCUGGUCUGCAAAGAGGAGGAGGAAGAGGAGGAGCCUAUGCACUCCGUCCUCUCCGAGCGAGACAUUAAAACAGCUCAACUUCACGGACUCCAUUCAGCUUAUUCCUCAUCUCCUUCUAUCCUUGAGGAUAUUAACUCUCUCUCUUCUCUCUCCCCUUCUUCCAGCGAUGUGCUAUUUAAGCUAUGAUUAUUAAUGUUGUUGUUGUUGUUGUUGUUUUUUGUUUGUAGUGUCUUGCUUUUGUGUUUAUUAUUGUUUAUGUUUCACUUUCAUGUUCAUUCAUCCAUUCAUUCAUUAACAUUA